UAAGUAUGUCAUUCUGUACAUUUUUUGUUAAUUUUCAAAUGAAAGCAAAGCGCUGCCCAAAGAUCUUCGAUGCUAGAAACAGAUCAGUGCUUGAAAAUCACAGUUUUUAAAUGAAGCAGGCUUUACGCGAGUGUUUCGGUGUGCGUGUCAUUAGCGAAACCAAAACAGCCUCCUCCAGCGGAAUACGAAGCGAGCCCGAGAAAAAGAAUCGCGUCGCAGCGGAUAAAAGGUUAAAAUUCUAUCGAAAACGCCUUUCCUCACGCUUAAUCGAUCUUCCAUCGUGCCUUUCAUGCCAAGAACACUUGACCGGAAAUUUGUGAUAACCCUUAAAUCACCCAUCCAACAGAGCGGGUGGAGCUAGCUAACCACCCCCAAAUCGUGUAAAGAUGAGUUUCAGAGCUAAGUUAGUGCAAUCGAUAAUCGAGGCAGCGAAAGCCGGUAAAUCAACAUCUCCGUCGGAUGGAGCGCCAACUGAGGGUGCGGCUGCACCGACCAGCAGCGGAACGAGUGGAUAUGGAACGCAGGAAACGACCGAUCAGAGCAGCAGUAGCGCAGCCGAGCUGCCGAGCCGGAUGCGUGGCCGCGCAAAGCUGGUGUCGAGCAUUCUUGGACCAACGCAUCAUCCGCCAUCAUCGCUGGCGGAUGUGGAUAGUGUGCCGAUGCAGAAUCUCGCCAUCGGUAGCCGUGGACGACUGGUGCAGGCGGUGCUAUCGACGUUGUCGGAAAAAAGUUCCGCUUCGGUUGUAUCUGCAAGCUCCCCGGUGGAAUCAAAAAAAGCAUCAACAGCAGGAGCAGUCGAAACGACUGCAAUCGAGCCAAGCACGUCCAAGCAAGCCAUGGAGCCGGUCGUGCGUACCGGAACAAGCGGCGCCAAGGUGUCGCUGAUGGUUAACUACAUGGAGCUAAAGUGUGCCCCGGGCCGUGGCGUCUUCCUAUACACGGUGGACUUUGAACCAACCGUCGAUUCGCGGCCGGCACGGAGCCGUUGCCUGGAGCAGAACGUACACAUCCUCGGUUCGACCUUCACGUUCACCGGUGAUAUGAUGAUGUUGCCAGUUAAACUGCCAGACAAUGUGACCAAAUGCAAGGCCACAAAUCCGACCAAUAACGAACCGGUUACGCUGACGAUCAAGUUCCGUGGAGCGCAAAAGAUGAGCGAAAACGUCAACUUCUACAAUACGCUGUUCCGGCGCAUCAUGCACUUUCUGCAGCUGACCGAGAUGGGCCGGAAGUGCUUCGAUCCGUCACAGAUGCGCAUCAUACCGCAGCAGCGACUCGAGGUGUGGCCGGGGUAUGUGACGGCGAUAAAUGAGUACGAGGGUGGCCUGAUGUUGAACCUCGACGUGACGCACCGUGUGCUGAUGCAGACGACCGUCUACGAGCUGAUGCAGACGAUCGCAAUGGCCGACAAGAAGCAGUUUCGUGACAGCGUGAAAAAAACGCUGCUCGGUAUGGUCGUGCUGACGCGCUACAAUAACAAAACGUACCGCAUCGAUGAUAUCCUGUUCGAUGCCAACCCACAGUCCACGUUCGAUUACCGUGGCGAUAAGAUCACGUACGCCGAUUACUACCAGCGACAGCACGGCAUCAAGAUACAGGAUCUACAGCAACCGCUGCUGUUGAAUCGUACCGAGCGCAUGGUAUCCGGCAGUGCCAAACCACUCGAAAUGCUCUUCUGUCUGGUACCGGAGAUUUGCUUCCUCACCGGAUUGACCGACGAAAUGCGGAAAGAUUUUAUGGUGAUGCGUGAUAUUGCGACGUACACACGCGUAACGCCGAACCAACGGGUGGCGGCCAUGCAGCGAUACUGUGAGCGGGUGAAUUCGAACGAGAAGGCAAGCAAACUGCUGUCGGAUUGGGGCCUCGAAUUAGUCACCAAACCAAAGAUACUGGUCGGUCGGACGCUGGACCAGGAAAAGAUACAGUUCGGGAACGGCACGGUGAAUGCCGGUCCGAAUGCGGACUUUAAUCGCAACGUCACCGACUAUCAGAUGCUGGAGGUCGUCCACAUUCGCCAGUGGGUACUGGUGCACACGUCGCGCGAUGGUCGCAGCGCCAAGACCUUCCUGGACUAUGUGCAGCGAUGCAGCCGGGCUCUUGGUAUCGAUAUCGCGCAACCGAAAACAAUCGUCCUUCCCAGUGAUGACCUGAAGGAGUACUCGAACCUGCUGCGUACGCGCAUCCCGCCCGGGACACAGAUCAUCGUGCUGAUCGUGCCGACCGCGCGUGACGAUCGGUACGCGACGAUCAAACGUAUCUGCUGCUCGGAGGUACCGGUUCCCUCGCAAGUCAUCAACGCUCGCACGUUGAUGAACGAGAAAAAGAGCCGUACGAUCGUGCAGAAGAUCAUCAUGCAGAUGAACUGCAAGCUCGGUGGCACGCUCUGGGGCAUCGACAUACCGAUGGCGAACACGAUGAUCUGCGGCAGUGACGCAUAUCAUCAUGCGCGCGGUGCAGACAAGUCGGUGACUGCGUUUAUCGCUUCGCUCGAUGCCGCCUUCACGCACUGGUUUUCGCAUGCAACGCUGCAGGGCGCCCGGGAGGAAAUGGGCAAUGGGUUGGCCCUGUCGCUGGAGCGAUCACUGAUCGCGUACCAGCGCCGCAACUGCCAGCUGCCCGAUCGUAUCAUCAUCUUCCGUGACGGUGUUGGCGAUUCGCAGCUGCAGAUCUGCGAACAGUACGAGCUAAUGCAGCUGGAAGCGGCCUGCAAGCUAGUCGAACCUUCCUACAACCCCAAGAUCACGUUCAUCGUCGUGCAGAAGCGCAUCCUGACGCGCCUGUUCGCCGUGGACCGAACUACCAACGAUGUAACCAAUCCACUGCCCGGCACGGUCAUGGAUCACAGUGUGACGCGCCGCUUCCUGUACGAUUACUUCCUCGUGUCGCAAAACGUACGUCAGGGUACGGUAACACCAACCCAUUACAUAGUCCUGCGCGAUGAUUGCAAAUUCCGGCCCGAUAUUCUGCAGCGGUUGAGCUACAAGCUGUGCUACAUGUACUACAACUGGCCCGGUACCGUGCGUGUACCGGCCUGCUGUCAGUAUGCCCACAAGCUGGCCUAUCUGAUCGGGCAGGCGGUGAAGCGUAUGCCGGACGAUAGCCUUACCGAUAAGCUUUACUACCUGUAAGAGCAGCCAGAUUGCAGCAGGACUACAGAUUUGUACAGUUCCAGUAUCCGGGGUUUCGAGCGGUGGCGGUCCACAAUCGCAACCAAAGCAAUCCAUUUUCUCAUGAAUUAGUGUUACAUAACACCAGCAUUUAAAUCUAUUCUUAAUUUCGUUCGAAUUACUAUCAUUUAAUCGUACCCCAUGGAGUGACGAUUAUUCUAUGCGACAGUGGUAAUACUGAGAGCAUACUUCAACAAAUUUAAAAAUACGCAUUACUAUCGAGUAAGACGAAUCGAAUAAUCUGUUCCGGUUUCUCCGGUACAUUGCCUUAAUAUGAUUAAGCUCGAUCCAGGCGCAGUGCGAACAACCUAGCCAGAAUGGAUGAAUUCCUGUGAAUAUAACGUCCGUUCAGUUAUUUGCGGGGGGAAAUAUUUUUUAUUAAUAAAAACAUGAUAAUAGCUCAGCAAAGAG